AUGGCUUCCGAGCCCUCACCUCAUGAGUACUAUCAGAUCAAAGCUCGGUUCCCGGUCAGCGACUCCGAUCCCGAUGACGGUAUCAAUCGGAAAGUCUUUGUGCGACAGGACAUCGACGAAUGGAGUAGCAAAAAGUCAAACAAAAAGCAAGUUGAUCUAUUCAUACUAGCAUUGGAUAAAUUCCAGAAGCUAGAUCCGAAGGAACGGUUAUCGUAUUUUCAGAUCGCUGGUAUUCACGGUCAACCAUUUGUGCGAUGGGAUGAUCCCAGCCCGGAGCCCAUGAAGAAUGGAUAUUGUUUCCAUUCUCAUGUGAUAUUCCCUAUUUGGCAUCGCCCAUAUGUGUUUCUCUUCGAGCAAGUCGUAUACGACAUUAUGGUCAAUGAGGUAAUCCCUCAAUUUCCCGAGGACCGUCAGGCUGCAUGGCGAGAGCAUGCCGAGUCAUGGCGUCUGCCAUUCUGGGACUGGGCGAGAAAUGGUCGAGUUCCUGACCUGGCGAAAUACCCCACCAUCACUGUUCCCAGGCCACAGGGAGGAUUGGUUCGCAUUGACAACCCGUUGUUCCAGUUCUGCAUGCCAACGGAUGAGCCUAUGCGAAGUGAGGGUGUAGGCACUGAGAACACUUGGCAAGAUGAUGCGGAGCAAGAAGAGUACAAGGAUUUUGGAAACGCGAUCGGAACUAGUCGUUGGCCCGAUGAGGAAGACCAGAAGCCAACCAGUGAGGGCUGGCGACACGGUGUUGUCAAUAAUCGCAAGGUUGCCGAUGCAUUCAACUCCCACGAGGGAUACAACGACAAGAACCAUGGCCCCGCUGCUGAGAUGGUAUAUCGACUGCUCACUGUGCCGAUGGACUAUACCACGUUUGCCAGUACCAACCCAACCUCGAAGGAUCAAAAGGUCGAGGAAGAUUUAAACAUUGAAUAUAUCCACAACAAUAUUCACGGUUGGACAGGCGACGCAGGUCAUAUGGGAAAUGUCCCAGUAGCAUCUUUUGAUCCACUCUUCUUCCUUCAUCACUGCAAUAUUGAUCGCCUGUUUGCAAUUUGGCAAGCUUUGAACCCGGAAAAGUGGCUUGACAAUGUUGACGGGGAUAAUGCUACUAUACGCGACUCGCAUGGCAAACAACAAGCGGUCAACGGAGAUACGCCACUCCAGCCAUUCAGGCGCGACGCAGAGGGGAGCUAUUGGACACCAGAAGGGGUCCGGCACACCCCAAAUCUUGGAUACUCGUAUCCUGAAUUGCCCCGGUGGGAUGUCAAGUAUCGCCAGCAGGAUGGAGCACUUGAUCAAGAUCUGUUUCAAAAGAGCAUUAUCACCACCGUGAACAAACUCUAUGGUGUAUCUCGUGACCUCGCUUUGGAUCCAAAUGCGCCUGUCACAGAUGGAGUCCAGGCCAUCGAUGGCGGGCUGCAAGUCACUGACUUUGCUUUCAGUAUUCGUUUCUUGAAAUAUGCCUUUGGCGGCCAGCCGUUUUGGGUGAAGUUGUAUCUCGCCCAGGAGGACGGGGUACAGACUCCUCUCACAGAUCUUAUCGCAGAAGUUUACAACUUCAGUCAAAAGCCCGAGCUAGAUGGAGCGUCUUCGCUGUCUCGCGACGAGGUGUUGGCUUAUAUAGAAAAGCGCGCAUACUGGAGGGUUGUCAAGAACGGAAAGGAGCUACCCCGGUACGAUGUCGAAAAGCUUGACCUCGAGAUCAUCGGCAGCAGCAACGACACGAACCAUUUUUCGGACCCCGCCAAACCCCCGGCAUUCGAAAACUUCAAGAAGGAGCCAACAAUCACAGGAGGUGCAGAUGGUGCACUUGAUCCAGAACUGAAGCAGCCGAAAAUUGAUCCUCCUGCUCCCCGACCGAAACGCCCAAGAGCAAACCUACCUCUCCAUGGCAGUCUGCGCUUCCGACAGACUCUCAAAGCAGACAGCGUUAUUCUCCUCGAAGCAUCCAGUGUUGACCUUGUCGCUCCCGAUACUCCGGUUGAUAUGACCUGGGUUUCCAUCACAGAUGAUUUGAACGACGUCAUACUUCACUUCUCUAUUCGCCGAGGUGAAGGUCAGAUAAUUUUCAAUUCCAAACUCGACGGGUCUUGGGGAGAAGAGGAGCGUAUAACCCUGGGCCAUCGCUUCGGUAACGAGGAGGGUGCUACAAUCUUGAUUCAUGAUCAAGGUGAGGGCUUUGAAGUGUGGAUUGACUGGGUACACGCCAUAUGGUUCGCCAAACGGGCUAAGGGUAGGACGCCUGAGGCAAUUCGGUACGGUCUUGGGGAUAAGCAGGGAACAUCCAUUCUCUCUGAUGAACUUGAAGUGCGCACAUAUCCGUCUAUGAAGGCGCUGUUCCUGCAAAAACAUGCCCACGAGGAGGAGAAGUAG